CAACUCCGACUGACGGAAGCGACGACAUAAAUUGACACCGUGUUUACUAAACGGCGGUCAAACUGCAGGUUCAUAUAUUACAAUUGUUUAACCUUUUAAGAGUUAAACCAGUUGAAUUAAACAAACAGAGAAGACGUAAUAAGAGAUGGCGGAUCCUGCGGUGGCGUCGGGCGGCUCUCUUAACGCAGGAGGGCGUGGGAGUGGCAGUAAAGCAGCUACCAGCGCUGCAGAGAACUACCACCUGGCCAGGCGUCGCACCCUGCAGGUUGUAGUCAGCGCCCUCCUCACAGAAUGUGGCUUUGAGAGUGCAGAGAAGGCAGCAGUGGAGACUCUCACUGAGAUGAUGCAGAGCUAUAUAACUGAAAUAGGUCGAUGUGCUAAAGCAUACUGUGAACACACAGCCAGAAGCAUCCCGACGCUGUCAGACACAGUGAUCACACUCAUCGAGAUGGGAUUUAAUGCCGACACUCUGCCCGUGUACGCUAAGAGAUCACAGAGGAUGGUUAUCACUGCCCCUCCUGUGACAAAUCUUCCAGUUACUCCCAAAGCUCUGUCAGCCGGCCAGAAACGCACUCAUCCCUCUCACAUCCCCGGCCACUUCCCGGAGUUCCCCGACCCUCACACCUACAUCAAAACACCCACGUUCAGAGAGCCCGUGUCGGACUACCAGGUGGUGAGAGAGAAGGCAGCGAGUCAGCGGAGAGACGUGGAGCGGGCACUCACACGCUUCAUGGCCAAAACCGGAGAAACCCAGAGUCUCUUCAAAGACGACAUCACCGCCUUCCCAUUAAUCGCAGCUCGACCGAGCACCAUCCCGUAUCUCAGCGCACUCCUGCCCUCAGAGCUGGAACUGCAGAGUCUGGAGGAGACCGACUCGUCUGAGCAGGACGACCAGACGGACAGCGAGAACACGGCAGGAAACAACAUCGCUGACGACCCCGGAGCAGACAAAGAGAACUCCAUACUUCCUCCCAGCGGCGUCGUUCCCUCCGCAAAGAGCAACGACGACAACAUGAUCGACAACCCGUACCUCCGACCGGUCAAGAAACCGAAAGUCAGGAGGAAGAAAUGAACCACCUGAACGUACAGACUCACAUUUUUCCACAGUGGUUUUGUUCUUUCAGCCAGUCUGUGAUUCUCUCCAGACCCCCCAGAGGAGGAGCAGCACAGGCACAGUGGCUGCUCGCCCUCGAUGCUGGAACCAGUACCCACUGUUUGCUUUUUUUGUAUACUAACUGACUUCUAAUGAAGAGAACUUUUUUUUUGUUUUCAUUUUUUGAGCAAGCACUCACUUCUGUUUGAAAUGUCAUUUUGUAAGAAACAUAAUCGUGAAAAAAAACCAGCCCAAACAGGAAUGGAGACAUGUUGUGAAUAAAGAAAUAUGUUUCUUCAGUAAGAAA